AUGGACUCGACCGUAUACAACUCGCUCAAACGUUUGCGCAUCGACGACACUGAUGAAGACCGACAAACGAAACGUCCCUCAAUGGAAUCGUGGUCGUCGCAACGUCCUGGUGGCGGUCCUUUUAUGAGCACGCUUCAGGCAACACAACACAACAAUGGCGCAGCAAGCAACUCACAUGAUCAUGGUGCGUUUAAUAAUGUUUUCACGUCGUUCAUGGUGUCAACCAAGACAAACACCCAAUACAACACCAUGAAUCAAGUUUUGAACGGUGUCCACAUGAAUCGAUACGGCAAUCCACAACGUCAGGAAGGAUGCAACGGUGCAGGUAUUGAUGAUAGCCAACCCAUGGAAGAUGUAUCCUUUUACUUGGCAGCCAACACAAUCCUACGCGAGGCAUUCUUGCAACGACAUCGACAUCCUGAUGAUGAUCCUUCUUCGUGA